AUGGCCUGUUUGUAUGGCCUGGGUGUGGGCCAGGUCCUGUGGAUGCUCAGAGGUAAAAUAAGCAGCAGACCCGUGUGUUGUUGCCACCUGGUGGCCAAAGAGGACAAGACCUGUUCCUUUUGCCCUUUAGGUCAGUCUGGGGUUUGGUUAAAGGUUAAUGGCUCUUCCAAUCCCAUUGCAAAUCUGCUUAAGCAACAUUGCAGUGCUAAGGAGGCAGCGUCAGCUGGGGAGGAGCCCCCCCCAUUCCCCCCAGCAGCUGCCCUUCUCCUUUGCUACCUGCUCACUUCCUUCCCUUUUGGUCAGGCUUUCUGUUUUUUCUCUUUCUGGCACUCUUACCUCCACCCCAACCCAGUAGCACCAAGGAGGGAAGCCAAGGUUUGUUGGCCUCUUACUAUGCACUGUGAACUGUUCAAAGCACUUACAUGUGUUAACUCACUUAAUUCUCAUAAAAGCUCAAUUAGGCAGACACCAUUAUCCUCAUUUUGCAGGCAGGGGAACUAA